AUGCCCACCGGAUUAAGCUCUGCAUCACAAGCCUCUAACUCAAGUGAGGAGUUCACUCCAGCCACACAAGUCACAUCAAAACGUAACCGAUUCAGUAGUAAUUCUUCACCACCUGAUUCACUAGACGCAUUUACACCCACCCCUCAUAAUGGAAAAAAGGCACGCAUUAAUUUGAAUGAAGAGGGUCGUAAAAUAGAUCGACUAAAGGAUGUUUUAGAAGACUAUCUACUGAAACGAAUUAGCAAUGUUCAGAUGAAAAAG